AUGUUACGGUUUCUCACAUUAUCAACAGUGGUUCUAUUAUUGUUGUCUCUUCCCGUGACGCACGCAGCUCGCUUGACAGUUCUUGAUGAUGAUGGCCAAACAAUCAUCGAGACAGUCUCAACUGAUCAAUGGGAUGAAGUUUGGACUUUGACAUUAUCAACAAUAGGUGUGAAAGUAGCACAGAAUUCAUUAACUUCCACUACUACCAAAGGAUUUGUGACUAAUCCUGCUAUCGUUAGUCCUACGGCGAUCGUAGCUGCUGGAACAAUCCAAGAUUUCUCAGCAUACGAAGCUAGCGUCAGUACCAAACUAGCCAGUAUGUCCAGUUCUCUUUGGGCACAAUAUACAGCGACCGCUAGUGGAUACACGACCUCUUCAGCCCAUCGAACGGAAGUUUCUCUCGUAGGAUGGGGUGUUUUGAUCUUGCUUGUAGCAUAUGGCUUAGCCAAAGAAGGGGUUCUAUGA